AUAAUCCAAGUGCUUUGGUGUAAUCCUUGAAUCUCUCCCAGCACCUCUACGCCUCCUUUCCCUCAAAACAAUGCGACAAUAAUAGUCGCACAACAAUUCCGAUUCACAGUCCUUCCUUUAUGGUCUCUUAAUUCAACCUACAGCCCGGCUCUGCUGCCUACCGCGACUCUCCUGCAGCUUCACCAAUUCUGUUCCCCCCUUCAAAUAUACAAACAACCUCGAGACAACCUCACCCUCCCACACCAAGCUUGGGCGCGUUACACCUCCCACCGCCGCCAUGAGUGACGACUCGCUGAUGAUGGACGACUCGAUUGUCAAUGGAUACUCGGAUGAUGACUCGGAUCCAUUCUCCCCGGUUGCAGUACCAGUAUGUUUUUUUGGCUCCCGCCCCUAUCAAUUGACCCCUCCAUUGUCUCUCGGGUUCAGGCACCAAAAGCUAAUCGCCUUCUGCGUAGAAAUCCAAGGCAAAACCUGCUGCAAAGAAAGCCGCCGUCCCGAAGGCACCUAAAGCCAAAGCCACGAAGGCGCCUGCCAAAAAGAUGGCACAAACCACAUUGAAAACUAAGGCCGUCCCCAAGAAGCGCCCAAUGCCAGAAAAUGAUGACGAAGAUCCACCUUCUGACAAUGACGUGUCUAUGGACGACGAUUCCGUUCUCUCAAAUACCCCGCCGAAUGCCAAAAAACAGAAGAAGGCUCCAGCCAAGAAAGCUGCAGGAAACCCUUUGCAGGAGAAUUUCAACGAGAGCAUGAAUUUCGAUGGCCCCUCUGAUCCAAAGCCCUCGAAGACCAACAAAACUGCUACAGAUAAAUACCAGAAGCUUACUCAGCUGGAGCACAUCAUCAAACGUCCUGACACCUAUAUUGGCUCCGUGGAAAAGACUGAGCAGCAGAUGUGGGUAUACAAUUCAGAAACAUCGCAGAUGGAGUUUCGAAAGGUCUCUUUUGUGCCCGGUCUUUACAAGAUUCUCGAUGAAAUUCUCGUAAAUGCCGCAGACAACAAGCAAAAUGACCCAAACAUGAAGAUGAUAAAAGUAAUUGUCGAUCGUGAAAAGGGUGAGAUUAGUGUCGAGAACGACGGAGCAGGAAUUCCAAUUGAGAUACAUCAGGCAAGUAGUGAAUUGAACACUUAAAUUCAGGCUCUCGCUAAUUUUACGAUAAUAGAAAGAAAAAAUAUACAUUCCUGAGAUGAUUUUCGGUCACCUUUUGACUGGAUCCAACUACGAUGACGAGCAGGACAAGACUGCUGGUGGUCGUAAUGGUUACGGAGCCAAGUUAUGUAAUAUCUUCAGUACCGAGUUUACACUCGAAACACAAGACUCAAGUCGUGGCAAGCGGUACAAGCAAACCUGGACUGACAACAUGAGCAAGAUGGGCAAAGCAAAAAUCUCUGCCAGUAAAUCAUCCGACUUCACCCGUGUCACCUUCACGCCCGACUAUGCUAAAUUCAAGAUGGAUGGUAUAGAUGAUGACUUUGAAGCUCUUCUCAAGCGUCGUGUUUAUGACAUGGCUGGUACCGUGAAAGGCGUCAAGGUAUCCCUCAACGGGACCAAAAUCAAUUUGAGUUUCAAGCAAUACUGCGAGAUGUACGCCAAGGCCAUUCAAAAGGAGCGCGGUAUGGAAGAAGGCGAGAAACCUGCCAUGGCUACUGUUAUUUUGGAGGAUCCGAAAGCACAUGAGCGUUGGGAGGUUGCUUUUGCAGUUUCAGACGGCUCUUUCAAUCAAGUUUCGUUCGUCAACUCAAUUGCAACGACUUCAGGUGGUACACACGUCAACUAUAUUGCCGAUCAAAUCUGCGAUAAGUUGUUGGAAGUCGUGAAGAAGAAGAACGCCAAAGGUGCAGCGUUAAAGGCCAAUCAAAUCCGCAACCACAUCUUCCUAUUUGUUAAUGCACUGAUUGUGAAUCCUUCAUUCACAUCUCAAACCAAGGAGCAACUCACAACACCGAAGAGUAGGUUUGGCAGUAAAUGUAUUUUGACACCCAAAUUCCUCACCGAUAUCGGUAAGACGGAAGCGGUACAGAACAUUUUGAACUUCCAAGCAGCUAAGGCGGAUCAACAGCUCGCUAAGAGCGAUGGCAACAAGCGUUCGCGUAUGAGUAACGCUAAGCUUGUUGAUGCAAAUUUGGCUGGUACCAAACGUGGCCACGAGUGUACUUUGAUCCUUACCGAAGGAGAUUCCGCGAAAGGCUUAGCUGUCGCAGGAAGAGCAGUCCUGGACCCUGACCGAAUUGGUGUAUUUCCACUUCGAGGUAAAUUGCUCAACGUUCGAGAUGCAAGUAUUGAUCAAAUCACGAAGAAUGCCGAAAUCCAAAACAUCAAACAAUUCCUUGGUUUGAAACAUAAGCAAGUCUACAAGGACACGAUGGGUCUUCGUUACGGGCAUUUGAUGAUCAUGGCUGAUCAGGAUCACGACGGAAGUCAUAUCAAAGGUCUUUUGAUCAAUUUCCUUCAAGUCCAGUUUCCAAGUUUGCUCAAGCUUCCGGACUUUUUCCAAGAGUUUAUCACUCCGAUUGUCAAAGUAUACAAAGGUCCGAACCCCAAGAAACCCAUUAGCUCUAAGGCGUUUUUCACCCUUCCCGAAUAUGAAACAUGGAAGGAGAGGCAUGCAAACGAUAGAGCAUGGAAGCACAAGUACUACAAGGGUUUGGGUACAAGUUUGCCCGAGGAUGCGCAAGUCUACUUCAGUAAUCUGGAUCAGCAUCUGCGAGAAUUCGUGUCAAUCAAGCCAGAGGAAGAGGAAAUGAUCGACCUGGUCUUCUCCAAAAAGAAGGCUGACGCUCGUAAGGCCUGGCUAGGAGACUUUGUGCCCGGCACUUUUCUCGACCAUUCAACCAAGACUUUGACCUACGACAACUUUGUUAACAAGGAACUUAUUCUCUUCAGUAUGGCUGACAACCUCCGUUCUAUUCCUUCGGUAAUCGAUGGAUUCAAACCUGGACAAAGAAAAGUGAUGUUUGCUUGUUUUAAGCGCAAUCUUGUUCGAGAUAUGAAGGUGGUGGAACUUGGUGGAUACGUGUCCGAAAAUACCGCUUACCACCAUGGUGAAGCAUCUAUGCACCAAACGAUCAUUGGACUUGCUCAAAACUUCGUCGGAUCUAACAAUGUAAACUGUCUCGAGCCAAGUGGAAAUUUUGGAAGUCGUCUGGCAGGAGGUACCGAUGCUGCAAGCCCUCGUUACAUUUUUACGAGAUUGUCGCCAUUCGCAAGACGGGUCUUCUCGGUACUUGAUGAGCCCAUCUACGAACACAGCGUGGAUGAUGGAAAAAAGAUUGAGCCGGUGGUAUACUGUCCUGUCGUGCCAAUGGUCCUUAUCAAUGGUGCCGAUGGAAUUGGCACUGGUUGGAGCACGACAAUUCCAAAUUUUAACCCCAUUGAUAUUGUCAAUAACCUCAAGCGUCGCAUGGGCCGUCUCGAGGAAUCUGAUGGAGAGGAAAAACCAUUUGAGACAAUGAGCCCGUGGUUUCGUGGAUGGAAAGGGACUCCCGAAGAAAUCUCUCCCGGCAAGUAUUCCUUCAAUGGUAUCAUCAAAGAAUCGGGAGCUGCGGAGGUAGAAAUUACCGAGUUGCCUAUUCGUGUCUGGACAGAUGACUUCAAAGGCAAACUUGAAGAGAUCAUUAAGGGGGAGAAGGUCCCAUCUUUCAUCAAGGACUACAAAGAGUACAAUGACCAUAGAAGCGUGCACUUUAUUAUUCAAAUGGAUGAAAAGAACAUGAAGGGAGUAUUGGCUGACGGCCUCUUGGAGAGAUUCAAGAUGACCAAAGCAAUCAACACCACCAAUCUUGUUGCAUUCGAUACACGUGGCCAGAUUCGUAAGUAUGAGAAAGUGGAAGAUAUUCUUGAGGAGUACUAUACCUAUCGCUUGGGAAUGUAUACUAAGAGAAAGGUACAUCCAUGCUUCGUCAAAUUGUUUUGGCUUUGCUAAUCGUGCGCAGGUCUAUUGGCUCGCCAAAAUUAACACCGAGUACCGAAAGCUCAAGAACCAGGCCAGAUUCGUAAUGGAGAUCAUCGAGAACAAACUUGUGGUAUCCAAAAAGAAAAAGCCUGUUCUCGUUGCCGAGUUAAGAAAGCGUGAAUACGAAGCUUUCUCUAAAGUCAAAGACGCUCAGAAGGCUGGUGAAACCGAUGACACUGUAGAGAACGACGACGAAGUUGCCGAGGACGAAGAUGAAGGUGCCAGAGACUUUGAUUAUCUGCUUGGGGUAUGUUGGGACGCAAUUCGUAUGGUUCUUGCUUAAUGCUAACCUCGGUAGAUGCCUAUCUGGUCCCUCACACAAGAACGUGUAGAUAAAUUGAAGGCACAAAUGGUCGGCAAGAAACAAGAACAUGACACUAUGGAGAAGCUGAGUGAAAAGGAUCUUUGGUGUCAGGAUCUCGACGCGUUUGUCCGAGAAUGGGAGAACCAGUUGAAAGAGGAAGAGGACUAUCAAAAGUCGAUUAGGAACACAAAUCGACGAGUUUCUCGAAAGAUUGGAGCUGGCAAAAACAUCGGCAAAUCCAAGAAGGCGGAUGAUGAUUACGCCCCGAAGGCCUCCAAGACCUCCAAGGUACCAAACGUUGUCGACAAACCACAGCCCAAAGCCCAACAACGAUUCCUCGAAGCGUUCAACAUCAAACCAAAGGCUAAACCAACAUCCAACUCCAUGGGCUCCGACGGUGCGGACGAUACCGCCCAGGAACCUCGGGCAGUUUCUCUGUUGUCAGAUGACGAUUUUGAAUCAUUGAGGCCUUCAAAGCAAGAGUCUCGGGCGCCGAGUGAGCAACCUGCAGCGGGUGGUGGUAGAAGCAAACGUGCUGCUGCUGCCGCUCCCAAGAAAUGGGUUAUCGAAGAUGAGUCGGAAAGCGAUGAUGACCAGCUUCUUGGUGACGUUGGAGAUAUGGUCAAGGGUAUUGGUGGAGGAACUACUACCAACAAGUCUAAUGGGCGUGUCUCAUUGUUUGCCAUGUCUCGACCUGAGAGUAGCCAUGGAAGAUCUACUAGCAAUGACUUGCCCAAGAUGAAAUCGAAGCCCAGCAAGACCUUUGAUUUCUCGGAUGGGGAUGAGACGAAUUACGAGAUGCUAGCAAGAUCAUCGCCUCAAAAGGCACCACCAGCUCCUAAAGAUACUUUGGAUAUUGACAGCUUCCUGUCUGUCGACGAGGAUGACGACAUUAUGCCAUUGCCAAAGAAAGCUGCCUCUAAAUCCUCUGUCCCGGCAGCGAAAGCACCUGUUAAAACUAUCGCGAAGCGUGGUCCGAAACCCAAAGUCGCUGCUAAAGCUGCACCUCCAGCGAAAAAGGCCCCUGAGCCUAAACCUGUUGCCCUUUCCCCGCAAGCCAAAGCCUAUGCCGCCAAGAAGUCCAAAUUAAUGGCCAAGAAAGACGUUUUCAGUGACGAAGACGAGGAUGAGGAUGAGGAUGAGGACGUAGAUAUGGAUGACAAGGCCGGGGGAAGUGCUACUGCGGAGGAUUCUGCGGAUGAAUCGAUGCCACCACAGCCAGCUGUAAGAGGCCGAGGGCGUCCAGCUCGAGCUGCUGCAGUUGUUGCUAAGACAAAGACAAAGACCAAACCCGUAUACAUUGAUUCCGAUGACGAGGAUGAGAUGGACGUGGAUGAUGAGGAGGACUCUGCUAUUGUUGAUGAUGAGCAGAGUGAGGAUGAUUUUGAUGAAAGCGAAUAGUGAUGUGUUUAUGUUGUUUUUUUGGCGUCAAUACCAGGAAGGAUAUGAAAAUUUGCUAGGGAAAACAUAAUAGCUUUUGGGAGGUGCUAGCAUUGGUUAUGAUUUUUCAAUCUGCAUCUUUCGUCUUGCAGAGUUUGUGGGCCUUUUACUGUACAAUUAUUCGUGGUCUGAGUCAAUCCCAUUACUGAGUACAUAUGAA